UUCAGAUUAAGAACUUAUGUAACAAAUUCUUUCUCUCUAUGCUGAUCGAGAAGAGAAGAUUAAUAAAAAUUAUCACAUUCAUUCAAAAUUUAACUGUGAUUGUUCAAUAUGUCACCAUUAACUUAUGACCGACAAUCAAUUAAAAAAGGAUUUAGUUUAUGAUGAUUUCUAUGAUUAACCAAGUGAUAGAUAUUUACCAGAUGAAUAGACUCAUGUAAGAUUCAUGAAAAAAGAUGGAGGAUCAUAAUUAUUACCAUAAAUUAGAGAUCCUAUUGAUUUUUUAGGUCUCUCUAUUAAAAUGAUGCAACCAACAAAAAAUGGAAAAACAUUAAAUUUGAGAGUAAUGGAUACAUUAUUCUUCUAUUAAAGAGAGCCUUGUGUUUUAAUUUAUCAUGACAAAGAUAAAGGUCUCAGAAUUAUCAGAGACAGACACUUAUUGACUAAUUUAUAAGAACUUGGGCAAUUUUUAGUAAAAAGAAGAACAGAAUAUGAUAUAGAAUUAAGAAUAGCAACAGAGAAAAGAGAGAAUAAAGAUUUCAAUAAUUUAGAAUUUGAUUAGAAGAGCGCAGAAAUAUAAUAAGGGAUAAAAAAAUAUGUUUAGAAUAUAGGAAUCUAAAAGGACUUUAUAUUGGUUAAAUUCAAAAAUGGAGGAGAAUAAAUAAUGUCUUAAUUAGCUGCGAUGUAAUUAUUUGAGAAAAGAAAAAUUGAUUCAGUAUGGGAUACAAUAGUUAUGAUCCAAGCAUAUCCAUAUGAUUUUUAUGGAAAAUUAAUAUUCAAAGCUAAAGAGAAUAUAGAAAAGUUUGAGAACAAUAGAUUAUCAAAAUAGUCAAUAGGAAAAGAUACAAAGAAAUAAAAAGAAGAAGAAAAGCCAACAGAAGUUAAACAAAGCAAAUCAAAAAUAGUAGAUGAUAGUAUAAAGUUAAGUGAAGAGUAGAAGUUAUAAUUAAAUGAAUUAAAUAAGAAUAGAUAUCAACGUAUUACAUACAUAAAGGAUGAUAUAAAAUAUUAAGAGUAGUUUGAUAAAGCAUUAGAAUAGAUUUGUUAAAUAAAUAAUCCAAAUUUUUAGACAGGUAAUCAUAUUAGAUAACAUGAAUUGUAUUUAAAAGAUUUAAAGAAAAAGAAUAUGUCAUAAUAUUUAUAGUAAUAAAAUAUCAUAAAUAGUUAGUUAUCAUAUGUAUUAGAUUGUUCAUUUUUUUGAAGCGUAUCAUUAAAGAAAAAUAAUGAAAUUGAGAUUGGAUUUUGCUAAGGAUGAUUUUGAUAAUUUAUAUAUAAUAGAUGCAGGAUAAUUGUAGUUUAUAGAUGUAAGAAAGAUAGAGUGGGAUGAAAUGAUAUUGAAGGAGAUUUCCUUAAUCAAUUAGGAUUAUAAAUAAUUAGUUUUAAGAGAGAUAGAGGAGAAAGAGAAGUUAUAAAGGGAGGAGAAAGUAGUUGUAAAUCAUUAGAGAUAAAAGUAUUUAAAAUAAGCAUUUGAUGAGGUUGUAGGAUAUUUUAGAGAGUAGUAUAGUAAGGCAAUUGAUAAAUGUGAAUCAGAUCUAUACAAUUAACCAGACAUAGAUAAGACUGAUGAAAUAUUUAAGAAAAUAAAUCCAAGAUCAGAUUUAAAAUUUUCAGAAAUGUUGGCUAUUCAUAAACCAGAUGAGAUAAUAAAAUAGAAAGAUUUAUUAUGUAAUUUUCCAAUUGACAAAACAAGAUUCUUGAGUCAAUAGAAAUAUUAUAGAUAAUCUAAGCAAUUGAUGGAGAGUAAAGAGAAAUAUAAAAGACAAUUAAGAUUGAGUGCUAGCAAAUUAUCAACAGUUGAUUUGAGAUAAUCUAGAUAUGGAUUCACUACUAAAUGA